GAACCCGACCUGCGCCUGGUUGCUGAUUGGUCACCGCAUGCGUUUGCCGAAGCUCACCGCAGACAUGGAGUUUUAGCAUUAGUCGCUGACAGAUUUCCUAACCUAAAAGAUCGUCAACUUUAACAAUUUAAAUAAGAAGCAUACGUGCCAUAUAUCUAUCAUAGAUCUGGCACAUUAAAACCACAAAAAAAAACUUUAACAAUAAAAAAAAAAACUAAGUUUCACAUCUAUCACGGCUGUGACACAUUAAACUUACAAAAAAACUUAACGAUUGAUAUCUCGCUUCACUUAGCAGAUCAACGCUUUUCUCUGCUAUAUUCUUUCGUUUUGUGCAAAAACGCAUCGAAUUAUAUCGAUAUUGGAGUUAUUGUCAAAGCCUGGAAAACAUGCACGUGGCUCGCGCUGACACAUCCGAAAGGCGAUUCGAGAUACAAUGCAAACUAGAGUCAGAGAUCGCCCGUCUGGAGGCUCUAAAAGAGGCGGAGGAACGAAGUCGGCGAUUAACAAGUGGAGUAGUAGGAAUACUCUCUUCCUUAGAAGACCGUUUAGCUACGCUGCGCCGUACAAUACUUCCAGUUUACAACGAAACUGGAAAUCUUCAGGCUCAACAACACAAGACAUGGUAUUUUGGGAUCGCUGCCGUGACUCCUCGGGUCAGGUUCCGUGAGAGAUCAAGCCAAUUGCAGAAUAACACUUUUACUAUAUCUUCUUACACUGAUUACAUAGAAAAGACUUUAAGUGUGUUGGAUCAUGCUAUUGGUUACUAUGGCGUGUGUCAGGAAGUCGAAGCCGUGGUACGUGCCGAACCAAGCGGUCCCGGUGGUCUGGAUGGCUUCCUCGAGGCUAUGAAUCGAUUGUAUAACGCUCAGCGGUACUUCCAGAAGAACAAUCCUAGUUCUGUUGAGUUGCAAAAUAUCACAGGUCUCUUCUCGAUUGGUCUAGAAUCGCUUUAUGCCGAGUUUCAUGAUAUUCUUAAUCGCCAAAGUAGACCUAUUUUGCCCAUUGUACUUCUGGAUUUGAUCGGUUCCGAUGAAGAUACCAGCGGCGAGGACGCCCCUCAAUCUUUGUGCCAAUUGUCCGAAAGUGUUAUGGGCGAUUUGCUGAAGAUUGCCGAAUGGCUCGAGGAGAGAGGACACCAUAAGCAUACGAAGAUCUACGCCUCUAUACGUUCCACUAUUGUUUUGAGAUCUUUGCUACUGCUAAAGGAACAUCAGAGGAGUGCCAGCGGUGGUAGCACCCAUGGUGGAAGUCCUAUGCCUCGAGCAAAAUUCGCUAACCGGCAUUCUUUAGAUGGUCAAGAAAACACAGGACGCAAAGCGUCACGGCGGCUGCAGCACGCAUUGGACAAAGCCAAUAGAAUGCUCUUAAAAGCGUCACAAACAACAAGACUAAAUCUGGCGCUGAAUUCAGUAUCCAGAAAACCGAAUCUGCAACUCGCCCCGUAUUCAAUGGAAGAUGCGGCGCCCGACGAGCAGGAGAUGGAGAACUACCUUCUGUUAGCAGCAGGUUUGCAUAAGCUCAUACAGGCCGAGCGUGUGCUGGUUGCCAAAAUCUUGCCAGCCUCCUUACAAGCCCAAGUACUCGAGACUACCGUGCGCGACGCGAUGGACUUGGUAGCUCACGACGGUGACAGUAUAGCUACGCGCGCCAAGCGCUGCAUCACGAGACGCGACUUCUCCGCCGUUCUCGUGGUUUUCCCAAUUCUGAAGCAUCUUGGUGAACUGAAGCCUGAUUUCGAAAGAACAGUCGAGGGUUGCGAUUACGCCCUCCGUUCCAAGUUUGCGUCUGUAUUAGACACGUUACACAUGACAGGUGCUAAAGCUUUGGAAGAAUUUGCGGAAAGUGUGAGAAAUGAAUCUGGCGCGGGUUUGCCAAAGGAUGGUACUGUGGCGGAAGGAACUAGUAAUGUCUUGAUCUUUCUGGAACAGCUAGCUGAAUAUGCGGAUAUGGCUGGCGCGGUUCUUCGACACAAUCUUUUUACAGAUCAGUCCAUGUUACACUCAAAAAAUCCAGAAAAUAUACAUAAAACGAUUCUCGGUAUAUAUAUCAAAAAGGUUCUUGCUCAAUUGAAUCUGGCGUUAGUGAGUAAAAGCGAUGCAUCUUAUUCCGAUCUCGCUUUACGAUCUUUAUUUCGACUGAAUAAUCAUAAUUAUGUAGUCAAUGCUCUUUGUCGAAGUUCUCUUAUGGAACUGCUCCUGCUGGCCGAACCAAGCGCAGAACAAACAUAUCACGAGUUACUUCUCAAAGACAAAAACAAUUACGUUACCAUGACAUUUGCCAAGGCCCGAUCUUAUCUCACUGACGAACCAGAUCUCGCUACUAAAACGUUAAAGGAGAAAUUUCUGGGUUUCGCACGAGAACUCGAAGAAGUGGCCAAGUGUCAGCGCUCCUAUUCGGUACCGGACAAAUCCCUGCGCGAGGAGCUGAGGAAAGAGUUGCAUGAGGCAAUCGUGACGCCAUAUACCGCGUUCUAUAACAAAUAUCGCGGCACAUCGUUCUCGAAGAAUCCAUCAAAAUACAUAAAGUACACGCCAAAUCAAAUAUCGGUGCUGAUCAACACAUUUUUUGACACCGCAGCGUAAUAUACAUGUAUUUCCCCAUGCGGCAUGCGAUAUUUUAGGAAACAUUGUUAAAAUCUGAUUAGAUAUAGAUAUGUAAUAUGAUUUUAGUAAUGUUGCAACAAUAUAUUAAAAACACCGUAAAAAAUAAAUACUAAGAUUUUAUCUACUAA